UGCAUAAAGUUGAGUUUUCUUGAUUGAUCACUACAUACUAAAUCUAAAGGAAGAUAUUAUUGCAACAAAUUACAACUCUAUGGUCAAACAAUGUUGAUGUGAUCUUUUUUCCAUAUAAAAUGGAUGAUCAAAUUGACUCAUAUUCUCCUAAUACAUCGGUACAAUGUCGAAUAUGUCACGAUGAAGAUGAAGACUUAAACAUGGAUACACCUUGUUCUUGUUGUGGUACCUUGAAGUAUGCACAUCGAAUAUGUGUUCAAAGAUGGUGCAAUGAGAAAGGUGAUACUACUUGUGAGAUUUGCCAACAGCAACUUAAAGGCUACACUGCUCCUCCACCAGCUCCUUUAUUCCGCUAUGGGGGCAACUGGGAAAUUCCAAAUAUCGGUCUUAAUAAUCAUCGAUUCAUAGCACUGUUUCCUACUAAUCAUGAAUUCCUAGACCUUGACUUUGAAUAUUCUGCACCCUCUACAAGGAGCCUAAUGUUCUUCCGCAUUGUUACUGUUAUUUUUGUUGUUCUGCUUGUUUUACGUCAUACACUACCAAUCAUACUCAUGCUCAAUGGAGUAGGAGAGUAUUCUCUGACAGUGUUUAUGUUGCUAGUGUGGGGAAUCGUUGGAUUAAUUAUACCAGUGUAUAUGAUGGUCAAAGCUCUUAGCGCUAUCCAAGUCCAACAACUUCAACACCAGGAUCAUAAUUCCUUUGUGCAAUCACGUGAGGAAAAUGACAUGGGGCAGUCUCAAUUGCGUGCCAUCCAUAUUCAGUGAUUCCACGGUCUACUUCAGAUGAAAAGAUCGCAAUGAUGUUAAAAAAAAUCAGAUCAUAAAAGACCUGAAUUGAUGAAGAUAUUGAUGUAGCUCCUAGUUUGAAAAUGAGAAUCAAUGUGACUAGACGUUAUUGUUCAUUAUAAUGCAUAGUUUCUUCUUCUAUUAAGCUCUAGCAAAUUAUCCUUCAAUGUAAUCUUUAAUUUAAUCCUCAAAUUUAUAAUUGGAUUAAUUCACUAGUCAGCGUG